AAAUUUUACUGUAGAUGGCGACUCUGUUAUUGUUUUUUCGGAUAAACAAGUUACACACUUAUGCAAAAAGGAUAUCUGUUUAUGGCAGUCUCUGUUAUUCUGUCAACAUUUACUCGUGGAUUACAAUCCGGAUUUAAAUUUAACAAAGCUCCAAUAAGAAGUCUAUCAAAAAUGGCAACAGCACUGGAUGCAAUUCCUGAUGUAAACAUUGAUCCCAAUGGUGUUUUCAAGUACAUUUUGGUGUAUGUCCACGACGACAAUACUAAGCAAAGCAAACCGAUAGUUCGAGGGUACAAGAAGUGCAAAUUUCAUGCUGAUAUAUAUGAAACAAUUGGAGAAGAGGAAAUGAAGAAGUGUGGACCUGGGCUAGACACUGAAUGCGUCGGGGGUGGCAGGAUCAAUCAUAAUGCCGAGGGAAAAACUAUCAAGGUUUACGGAUACUCACAGGGAUUCGGAAAAGCUGAUCAUACUAUUGCGGUUGGAUUGCUGAAGAAGAAGUACCCCGAUUAUACAAUCACUUGGUCCGAUGAAGGCUAUUAGAAAGAGCGGCUACAUUAUUUUCCAGCAAGUACAUUUAAAUAAGCUCUUUAAAUCGGAAAUAUUGUACAAUAUUCAUUGUAUUUUCAAGUCUGCAAAAGCCGCAUUCAAAUAAAUUAUUUACGAGUAA